AUUUUGACAAAAUGCUGCAACGUUUGUCAUCAAGAAUUUCAAAGACACUGAACCAUGUUUGCUCAGCCUAUGUUGUCCCAAAACACUCAUUCACCGCCUUGUCUUCGCAAUCAAAUCUUCAAAAACUGCAACAGAGAGUGAUCCCUGGCGAUUUCCUGAGAUGGGGUUCGCUCGGUUUUUGUAGAACUUCAAGCUUUGCCACUGGGUUCUCGCCAUUACAGCACAAGCCGUUGGACUCUAUUAUGGAUAUUCAGAGAGUGAAGGAUCGCUCACCUGAGGAUAUUGCUUCCGCCUGGGAUGAUUAUCACUUGGGAAGAGGCCAUAUUGGUGCAUCUAUGAAAGCAAAGCUUUAUUACUUGUUGGAGCAAAGAGCAGCUGAUUGCCGAUAUUUUGUUAUUCCUUUGUGGAGAGGAAGUGGUUACACAACAAUGUUUGCUCAAGUGCAGAUGCCGCACGUACUUUUCACUGGUCUUGAAGAUUACAAGGCAAGAGGAACUCAAUCAGCUCCUUACUUUACUGUAUCUUAUUACAAUGAAUUUGCAGAAAGCAAGGACUUGGUGCUGAUCCGUGGUGAUGUUGUGUUCACAAGCAAGAUUAGUGACACAGAGGCAAAAUGGCUGUUGGAAACGACCCAAUCUUUUUAUUUGAAUGAUGUGAGGUACAAGCUGGUUGAACGGUUCAACAAAGAAACACAUGAUUUUGAGUUCAAGGAUGUGUUGCAAGCAUUAGACAUGCCUAUUCUGUGAUCUGCCAAAAGAAUGGAACUUGGCUAAUAUGAUGGUGGAAGACAAGGACUUAGUCAGCAUAGGAAUUGAGAUUACUUAAAUUGCGACAAAGACAUUAUCAGGAAUUGUCCUCCUCAGAAUCUGGUCAAAGUGUAGCAUACUGAGCAACUGAAUGGAAGAUGUGGUGUGGUUCAUUUCAUGUUAACGUGUGCUGAAAAUUCUGAUUUUUAGUUUCCUUUUUUUCCCAAAAUGGAAUAACUACUGUUUUAGACACUACGGAAUUCUAGAGUUGAUUUUGUUUUCCCUUUUUUGGUUUUGGGAAAUAAUAUGUUGCAUUUUUAGAACAAAUAGAAGGCAAAGUUUUCGGGCAUUUUCACGUUAUACAUUCAAAAUAAUAGUUCAAAGCAAUAUGUAUUCUACGUUUGA